AUGAGUGUGUUCAUGAUUCCCCUCUCCUUAACCAAAAGAAUGGAUGCGAUUCUUCGUCGCUUCUUUUGGUCUGGUUCCAUGAAGAAGAGAUCAAUCCAUUGGUGUGAUGCUAAAGUUCUCGAAAGACCAAAGGAAGAAGGGGGUUUGGGAUUCAAGAACUUCCAUUUGUUCAACAUUGCCCUUCUUGGGAAACAAGUUUGGCGAAUGCUCGUCAACCCGGAAGCCCUCUGGGUGCGCCUUCUCAAAGGUCAUUACUUUGCCAAUGGGAACCUCUUCUCGGCUUCUAAAGGCAGCAGAGGUUCCUGGAUUUGGAAUGGAAUUUGUGAUACUAAGGACAAGCUGAAGAUUGGCUGGGUGAGAGGCAUCAUGUCCUGGGAGGGAACCAACUUCCACAAUGACCCUUGGGUUCCAUCUCUCCCAUCUUCGUCCCUUUCGAGCUUGGGACUGCCUCCUUCCAGAGUUUGUGAAUGGAUUUCCCCUACAGAUGGAAAGUGGAAUUUAGAAGCACUUAUGGCCACUGUCCCUGAAGAAGCUGCUCUUGCUAUUCUGCGAGUCCCGAUUGGACCUCCCAACUCUUUGGAUAGAUGGUUUUGGAGAUUCACAAAUACAGGAGACUAUUCGGUUAAGUCAGCGUACAGGGCUCUCCGUCAAGAACGAGAUAUCUCUGUUCCGCCAGUGUCAGGUUUGUUGCCUCGUCCUAGCAAUGAUGAUUGGAGGUGGUUAUGGUCACUUUCACUCCCACCUAAGAUCCGGUUCUUCAUAUGGAAAUGUGCCAAGGGAGCUUUGGCUACUCAAUCAAGACUGUUCUCCCGGAAUUGUGCUACAAAUCCAAGUUGUCCAGUCUGCGAUGGGCCAAGUGAAACUAUUCUCCAUUGCCUCUUCUACUGCCAGCAUGCGGCAGCAGCUUGGGAGACGACCGGGCUUCUCCCCUCCCUCCCUAGCAACGACUCGACACUCUCCUAUUGGUUCUUCGGCCUCAAUAAUGGAUCUUUUCCGGUUGAGAGAAUUCGAAAAAUUGCUUGGUGUCUGUGGAAUAUUUGGUUGGCUCGAAAUGGCUUUGUAUUUGAGGCUACGGUUCCUUCCCCGACCAGUGUGGCAAUCAAGUCUGAGCGUGAUUUUCUUUGCUUUGAGGAAGCUCGAACAAGUUCUUCAUCAUCCUUCCGGCCAGCUCAUUUGCCACCUCAGCCUAGGGGAUCCCGUUCUCACCCCUCACCACCGCCUGUUUCUUUUCAGAUGUUUGUUCACUGUGAUGGUUCCUUCGUUUCAGAUUCACAGGUGGCGGCGUAUGGGAUUACUAUUGCUAAUUCCCAUGGUCAGGUGUUUGACGGAAAGACUGAGACUUUCUUUUGUUCCUAUCCGAUUCAAGUGGAAGCUCUUGCUCUUCUCAACACAGUCCAGGCUGCGGCACAAGAGAUCUGCCCUUCUAAUGUUUUUUCAGACUGUCAGGUCCUGACAAGUGCUUUGAGGAAGCCUCCUGAUCUCUGGCCGUGGCAUUGUCGGACGACCUUGGCAAGAAUCAUUUCCGUCCUCCAUGAAGCCCCUUGGAUCAAAGUGGAUUUUGUGCCGCGACGUCUUAAUGGUUUGGCGGACUGGGUGGCUCGAAAUGCUCGUGUCAAUUCGCUACCUUUGGAUUGGAUUGUUGUUGCUGAUUUGAUCUCUCCACUUCUGUAA